CCCACACCUCCACUCUCUGCGAUAUCUCGAUCCCCUCUCGACUCUCGCGCUUACAACAUCAUGCGCCGCGCACUCAACGUCAACAUUACUCGCGCCGUUGCGCAAACUGCAGCACGUCCCGCUGCUGCCGCUUUCCGCCUCCGUGUUCCCAUCACAUCUUCCCUCCCCGCCCUCUCCAUCUCCCGCCGCUUCCUCUCCAGCCUUCCUGGAUCCAACUCGCCGCCCAAACUGGACCGCGCGGUCGGCGAGCACGUCGUAGUCGAGGCCCGCGCCGGCCCAUCCCAAGGCAACGCGUGGACGGGACAUGUCCAGCUCGCGCUUUCAGGCGGCGCCGAGGCGCUGACGCUCGUCAUCCGCGCGGACCCUCCCUCUGCCUCGGACGCGGUGUGGGACGACGCCCCGCCAGGCAAAGAGCACAUCAAGCAAUGGCACGCGGACCUUGUCGAGGCGCUUCUCAACAUCCUCGUCGCGUACCUCCCCACCACCCCCAUCCGCGUCGUAGGUCUUGAAGCCGUGGGGCGGGAAGGCGACGGCGACGGCGAAGAAGGAUACGUCAAGGGCUGGGUCGAGACGACCGUGUCGCAGUGGUGCCAGCUCGAGAGCGAUGCCGCGGUUGCGGAGAUCAAGGAGCGCGAGGGGGAGGGAAGGGAUGUCUAUACCUUACCAGAGACGGCGGCCGCGAUCUCGGAGGCGGGCAAGCCGAUGCGCAACCUCCAGUUGACGAGCCUCGCAGCUUUCGAGGGCCGAGAGGAGGAGAAGAAGGACGAGCAUGGGCACAAGCACGAUCACGACCACGGGCACUCCUGCGGGCCGUCAUGCCAUCAUUGAGCGACGGCUUGACUCGCAGCACGCUGCCGCUGCCUUUAGUUGCGGCAUGCUCUCCGCCUAGCUUCCACGCCCAUCCACCUACAUCGCAUUCUCGGCACAUAUCUCCACAUAUGCAUCCAUGUCGGCCUUC